AUGUUUUCAAAUGAUUGUUGCAAAAUUUAGAAGAAGAAGAAUCUUAACAAGAUGAAAACUCUCGUAUUCUGCAUCUGCACUUUAGCGUGCAUUUCUUUUAUCUCGACUGAAAGCAUCAAAGUAAAAUUGCAAAAUGCAUUAUCGUCUACCGAUACCGACACCAUUGUGGAAAUUUGCGCUGCUGAAAUUAAUAUUACUCGUGAUGAAUUUCUUGGAGAAAGUGAUAUUAUAAAUGAGGUAUAUCUAAAAUCUAGCAUGGAAGAGAGAAAAAGGAAGAGUGGCUGUUUCAUUGAAUGUAUCCUAAAACGAUUGGGCAUGAUGGAAGGAAACGAAAUUAAGGAAGAGAAAAUUCAAAAAGAAGUAACAAAAUAUAUGGUCGAAGAUCCUAGAGAAGUCAAACUGCACAAAGUUAUUCAUGACUGCAUUCAAGAAGUAAAAAAUAUCACCCAUGAAUGCGAGAAAGGUUUUGCAAUGAUGGUGUGCAUCGCAAAAGCCACACAUCACUUAUUUGGACAUGAGGAACACACAUCAACAACCCCUAAUAUAAAUGAACACACAUCAACAACCCCCAAUAUAAAUGAACACAUCUAAAAAUAAAAAAUACUUUUCGUCUAUCAUAUAAUUAUUGGUGACUAUUGAUAAGAGUAUGAUGCAAUCUUAAUAAAAAGAAAUAAAUAAA